CUCUGCCUAGGCAAACUUCGUCGCAUUUUCUAAUCAAAACAAAGAAGAAAAUUUAAAAUUAAAACGAAAAACUAAUUGCCCGGCAGCUAUGAACGAAUCUGUGCGUUAUGACCGCUGUCAGCAGAUCCAGUUGGGUGUCCUGACCGAAUCGCAAAUGUCGGCGGGCGAGGAGCCGCCCCCACAGGCCCUGGGAACAGGAAACAUUCUGUUCACUCACGAUGGGGUGCUGCUGAAGAAGGCCAGUGCGGAGCAUAUUUCCGAUCUAAACACAAGUGGCUCCUUGUCCUUGGUGGAGUAUACGUCGUCAGAGCUGCCUCGCCGCCGUCUGUAUCUGGAAUGGCAGCCAAACGACAGCAUCAUGAUUGCCGACGACAGCCAGGAUCAGGGUGACUGGGCACUGGUGGAUAGAAUAUCGGGGCGGAACCGCACCACCUCCGAGUGCCGCGCCUUCAACACAAAGCCCAGCGAACAGGGCAACGGGACACCAGCCCGCGCGAGAAUCAUGCGAGUCCUGCUGGAUGAACUGGAUGCGGUCGAAGUGCGUCAUCGCGGUCAGACCAUACGGUUCAUCCGCAAGUCCGGCGGCGGCGUCCACAGCGAGUUCUUCUUUCAGCAUGGCAAUGCCGAUCUGUUUGUGCGCUCCAUGCGGGAUCUGCACUUCAUAGAGAGCUCCGAGACGACUCGGGGCGGCGAGGAAUAUGCCAUCCUGACCACCGAGAAUCAAAAGCUGAAAAAGACCUUUGCGGAGCUGGACAUUGGCGAUAUCAAGUCCAGUCACUUGCCGCGUGAGAGCUGGCUGCCCAACAAGCUGGCUGGCUUCCUAGGCAACAUCCCAGACUAUGUGCAGCCGCCGUUCCAGCGCUCGCCCAAGUCGCGGCCGGGCACACUGCUGAGUGGCGAUCGCCAGACUUCGCCGGACAACUACCAGAUAAUUGGAUUGAGUGGCAGCACCAACAGCGCCUGCUCAUCCAACAGCCAGAGCCGCGGAGGCAGUGCAGACAAGUCACCGGCGGACAGCGAGCUGGAGAACCUCAAUGCUCAGGACGAGAAAAUUGUCAACAACUUGCCCGAUCGCCAGAGAGUGGAAAGAGGUUUGCCCCUUACUGAGGCCCAGUGGCUGGAGUUUAAGACACCAGAUGGGCGCAUCACGGACAGCGACAUUGUUAAGGAGAUCGUGUUUCGUGGCGGCAUAACCCAUGGACUGCGCUGCGAGACGUGGAAGUACUUGCUGAACUACUAUCAUUGGUCCGAUACCGAGGCGGAGCGCAUGGAGCGGCGCAGGCUAAAGUCGUUGGAGUACUACAACAUGAAGGCGCAAUGGCUGUCAAUGACCACAGCACAGGAGGCAAACUUUUGCGGCUAUCGUGAGCGGAAGUGCCAAAUCGAGAAGGAUGUAAAACGCACCGAUCGCUCGCUUCAGUUCUUCGCCGGAGAGGACAAUCCCAAUCUGGCCCUGCUGCAGGGAAUUCUUAUGACAUACGUAAUGUACAAUUUCGAUCUGGGCUAUGUUCAAGGAAUGUCGGAUUUGCUGGCUCCCAUUCUAGAGAAUCAGGUGGACGAAGUGGAUGCCUUCUGGUGCUUCGUGGGGUUCAUGGACAUGGUGUUCACCAACUUUGACAUGGACCAGGCGGGCAUGAAGAACCAAUUUGCUCAGCUGCGUCGCCUCAUCGAGUUUGCCAAUGCGCCAUUAUUCAACUACAUGCGCAGCCAUGACUCCGACAAUAUGUACUUCUGCUUCAGGUGGCUGCUGGUGUGGUACAAGCGAGAGCUGAGCAACGAGGAUGUGCUCAAGCUGUGGGAGUGCCUCUGGACGCGCCUGCCCUGUCCCAACUUUCACUUGCUCUUCUCCGUGGCCAUUCUGGAUCAGGAGACAAAUGUGAUCAUCGAGAGUCAGUACGAAUUCACUGAAAUACUAAAACAUGUCAACGAGCUAUCGGGCCACAUUCACGUUCCACGCACCCUGGAAAUUGCCGAAGCCAUCUACUUGCAGCUGAAGGCAUCCGAGACGCUGCCCAACGACAUUCGCCUCAUCAUUGGAGAGCCUCUACUGCCGCCAGUGGCAGGCGAGGAGCCGGAGGGAGCAAUGGACGAGGAGCCUACCUACUCGGAUGAUGGCUUCGAUGAACUGGUGCCCGAGCCAACGCCUGAGGAGAAGCAACGGCAACAGGCCCUGCUGGAGGAGGCCUGCGAACGGUCACUCUUCCUCACAUACCACUAAUUUGGAAGGAAACAGGCUAAGCCAAGCCGAGCCAAGCCAAACGCCAGCCCCUAGCAAAUCAUGCGCAAAUUAUCUUAGACUUUAAGACUCGAAGUUUACUACCGCAUCGAAGCGAAGCGAAGUGCUUUAACUGCUGAUACACAGAUUUAUAUAUUGUAUAUUAUACAUAUUUGUACGUUUUGUAUUUAUUGUAAGUUCUUUCCAAUCCCCAUCACCCAUCCUCACAUACCCCACAUCCCACUCCAUUGGCUAGAGCAAUUAAUCCCCAAUAAGUAUACCAAAACAAAAAUUUCAAAUUACGAGUUGCUAGGAGCCUUAUCUCGCGCCCAUCGAAUUAUUGGGAAGUUCGUUUUCGUUUUAUCCAACAUUCAACACACACGCAGCUGCUGCUUUUAUUAUUGCCGCCCCCUUUUCUAAGUUUACUCAAUUACUGUGAAAAUACAUACAUGUGUAAAUACA